AUGGCUAAUGAUAAGCUUGCUGCCUUGGUUGUGGUAGCAUUGCUCGGUUGUAUGGCGCAUACAUGCCAAGCCAGCUAUGGGUAUCCCAACCCAAUGCCGCCCAUCCCAAGCCCGACACCACCUACGGCACCGGCGCUCACCCUGAACUACUACAGCUAUUCCUGCCCUAAUGCGGAGGCAAUUGUGAGGGAGGCCGUAAAGAACGCCACAGACAACAAUCGCGGCAUCGGUGCCGGUCUCAUCCGGCUCUUCUUCCACGACUGUUUCGUCAGGGGUUGCGAUGCCUCGGUUCUCCUAGACGCGACGACGGCCAGCCCGGAGCCGGAGAAGCUUGGCAUUCCAAACUUCCCCAGCCUCCGCGGCUUCGAGGUGAUCGACGCCGCAAAGGCGAAGCUUGAGAAGGAGUGCCGUGGGGUUGUCUCGUGCGCUGACAUCGUCGCUUUCGCUGGGCGCGACGCCAGCUUCUUCCUAAGCAACGGCGUGGUAGACAUCAAAAUGCCGGCUGGCCGGUACGAUGGGCGUGUGUCUUUCGCCAACGAGACCCUCCGCGACCUGCCCCCUCCCUUCGCCAACGUCACGGUGCUGGAGGCAAUGUUCAAAGCCAAGGGGCUCGACCUCGACGACAUGGUUACCCUCUCGGGCGCGCACACCGUCGGGAUCUCUCACUGCUCGUCCUUCGCUGACCGCCUCCCAGCCGACCCCUCGGACCCCAUGUCCAUGGAACCCGUGUUGGCUAGCUCGCUACAGCAGAAGUGCAGCCGCGGCGGUGACCCCGUGGUGGUGCAGGACGACGUUACCCCCCAUGACCUGGACAAACAGUACUAUCAGAACGUACUUGACCGUAAAGUGUUGUUCAAAUCGGACGCGGCGCUGCUGUCGCCGCAGACACUCAAGGCUGUGGAACACAACGCCAAGAACCCCGGGAAAUGGGAGCGAAAGUUCACGGACGCAAUGGUUAAGAUGGGCAACAUCGAGGUCAAGACCAAGGCCAACGGGGAGAUCAGAAAGCAGUGCCGGUUCGUCAACUAG